AUGGCUCCGAGCGUCAUUGAUUAUAUAAAUGAUGGUACUUUGUUUCAACAUUUAGAAGGAAGUAAUCUAUUCCAAGCUUUAGAAAAUACGACACUCAAACAAGAAGAAUAUCAAAAAUUGAUUUCUUUGUGCAUUAAUCAUGAUAAUACAGGCGAUUCUAUCAAAUAUAUCUUUAAGCCACAGGUGGUGUGCAAAGAAAUAGAAUAUCUGGUUUCUCUUCUUGAAUUCAUGCGUGAUAAUUUAGAUUUUAAAUUAUGUCAGUUAAUAAUAGAUACAAUGUCAUAUUUAGUUUACGAGAAGAAUCAAAAAGAAAAAGAACUCGAAAAAUUUAAAGAUGAUCUCAAAUUAUAUUUUGAUUCAAAGAAAAGUGAUCUGGAAUUCUCAGAAAUUUAUCAUGAAUUCGGAUAUUAUUCUAUUUCAGAACCAAUGAUCAAAGCAGCAGUUGAAACUAAGCUCAGUGAAGAAAAAGACGAAACAGGAAAAACAAUUCUUCUAAAAGCAGUUUAUGAUGGUGACAUGAUCUUGUAA